AUGCUUACUGCCUGCAGAGAGGUUUAUUUAUCUCUAAAACACUCAUUCAUAAGCUGGAAUUUAAGAAAUGGUAUUGUUAACGAGACUUCUCUACCUGAUGUUGUGAUUGAUUCAGAAUUUGACAGACGAGUUCCUACUAUCUCACUCUUGACGGUUUCUUCGAAGGGUUCAUACCUGUCUGCUGCAGAUAACCUAAAGCGACUGUUUCUUUAUGUUAAUGAAAAUGACCACUGGUUAUUGGUUUCACAAUUGAAGCUGCGCAAACAGGUAUCGUGUCUUUUUUUUUCUCCAAGUGAAAAAGCACUACUUGUUGGAGACAAGUCCGGAGAUGUUUUCAAACUCACUCUGUGUCCGGAGAAGCCCAUUCACGAUACAGAUUUGACUCUUCUUUGCGGACAUUUCUCAAUACUUAGUCACAUGGCUAUUUCGGAGGAUGAAAUGUACUUGGCGUCUUGUGAUCGUGAUGAAAAGAUACGGAUUAGUCGAUUUUCUGAACCCUAUGUUAUCCAAUCAUUUUGUCUUGGUCAUAAAUCGUUCGUUUCUCAGCUUGGAUUUAUUCCCGACACUCAAUAUUUAAUCUCAACAGGAGGAGAUGGAUAUAUAAGUAUUUGGAAUUGUGAGUCGGGUCACUGUCUGUCAUCGUAUUAUGUUUCAAAAAGUGAACUCCAAUCUCUCUCAGUUUCUACGGAUUCGCAGUUCAAUUUUAAGUCGGAAGCUGUUGUUUCUAGGUUUUAUUUUAUCAAAGAUGUUGUCGUUUGUUGUUUUUUAUCCAACCCAGUACUGAUGGCGUUUCAUAUUCAUAUAAAUGAAGAUGAAGUUGUCUCUUGGGGAUCGAAAGCUUUUACUUCCACAGAGGAUAAAAUGCCAUUUACGGAUAUAGCUCUAUGUUCAAAUGAUAAUCGUAUUAUUGGACUGUGUUCUACUGUGACUAGUGUUUGUCUCUACUCUUGGAAAUUGAUUAUUCAAUACAAUACUUGCCAACCAUCUUGCUCUGUCAAAUGGGAUGUUCCUCAAAUUGUUGAUUGUAUAUCAAACAGCUUUCUUCUACAAGUUCCAGUUCCAAGUCCCCGAACAGAACUUUUGGAAUUAUUCUUCAAGUGCACAGAUAAUAGCUCAAUGUUACAAGCGUAUGAAUCAAAUAAACAAUUGCAUCAACACAAUGUAACUCAACGUCAUAUACGUAGUCAAAAAACGCGCAAGUUGAAUAAAACUCGACAGAAUUCUGUUGAUAAAGAAUUAAAUGUAUAA